AAGGCCGAGCAAUUGUCAUACCAGGCAGUGAAGCAAUCCGCCAGGAUGCUCUCGAUGGUGCAGGUGUAAAACCUUUUGAGGAUCUCAGGACCCAUGCCAUGGCAGUAUAUGUAGUCUUCUGAGCUCUUGCAGUGGCAGAAUAGAGGGUUUGAGUCUAGGGACCACCCAUAAGUAAAUAAAUGUGUAAUACACUAACGUGUAUUAGUGUUGCUAAUCCUCUCCAGUCAGGUGGGUUGUGGAGGCCAGAUCUAGGAUUUAACCAGAGACCAGGAUUACAGGGUGUGUCCUCAGAGUAAGGGGACAACUUGGUGUUGAUGACUAGCCCCACCAUCACACACACACAGCAUUCCUUCAUCCGUCACCUCACACAAACACAACAUUCCUUCAUCCGUCACCUUGCAUACAUGUACACAGCGUGCACUCUGCGGUUAAAAGCCCUCGAGCACUAGAAUCUUAUUUUUGACUAGAGAGAGUGGAAAACAAAAGAGAGCUACUUAAGGACUCGUAAAAGCCCUGAAGCACUGAUUGAAAAUGGGAAACAGAGAGCAGGUAAUGUGCAGGCUCGCUCCUAUCUCCAGCACCACCAGCCAUUUUCUACCCCACACGCGGCUGAACAGGCUGAAGUUCCCAACCACCCACAGCUCCUUCAGUAGGCUGGGAUCCAAAUCAACCUCCCACGUUGCCGACAGGAGCCCCAGUUCCUCCGAGAUGAACGGUGAGCCCUGGGCCAGGCCAAGAUACCAGGACCAAGCUGCAGCUGAACAUUGUACAGCAUCCCACCAGGAACAACAACAGCACCCUGACAAACUGUGUCUGGACUCCUUCUGGAGCGAGGUGGAGGCGAUACGUAGCCAGGGAAGCGGAUACACUGACCUUGACACUGAGAGCGCCAGACGAGACUCCAGACACUCUGAAGAGGGGGAGCAGGAGGAGCGAUGGCUGCAGGAUGCCGGUCUCUCCACUCUGAUCAGGCAGCAGAAACCAGACAGAGACAGGGACACUGAGGACCAGGAUGUUGACCAGGCCAUACUGCUGUCCACUCUGACCCGUACGCAGGCCGCUGCCGUCCAGAGGAGACUGGACUCCUACACACUGUCCCUGAGGAAGAGGAGCAAACACCCACCACGUGACGUCAGGGACGUCUUCAGCUCAUCAGCAUCCUCUAUUGCUCAGACACCUCUACCGGAGUGUCAAGACUCUGAGCCUACAGAGCCUAAAUCAUCUCUACCGGAGUGUCAAGACUCUGAGCCUACAGAGCCUAAAUCAUCUCUACCAGAGUGUCAAGACUCUGAGCCUACAGAGCCUAAAUCAUCUCUACCAGAGUGUCAAGACUCUGAGCCUACAGAGCCUAAAUCAUCUCUACCGGAUGACAGUAUGGAGACCAUCAACAAGACACCACUACAAGAGGUCAGCUUGGACCAGCAGAAGAAGCAUGGAGGUGCCCCUAAAGAGGAGAUUUUCAUCACAGACGUGGCCUACUGCGAACAGGCGGCCAUCUUGUUAAAACAGGCUAAGCUGCCUCAGAUAAAGAACAGCUGCAAGAGGAAGGAGGACGGCACACUUCCUAGGGUGAUCUGCCCCCAGUGUCGUCUGGGUGUAACUCGUAUCCAGGACUUGUCCAACCAGGACAUGAAAAAGGUACGUCAGCUGGCCCUGAUCGACAUGACAGCACUCUGUGACCUGCUGGAGCUCGAUGUCAAACGACACAAGACCUGCAAGAGGAAGAUCCCAGAGGGUGCCCUGUUUGGGGUUCCCCUGGCCACCCUGUUGGAGAAUGACCAGAAAGUCAAACCCACUGCUACCACUCCUCUCAUCCUGCAAGCGCUGCUGUGGUUCCUGGAGAAGAGGGGAGUUGACUCAGAGGGUAUUCUGCGGGUUUCAGGCUCUCAGUCCAGAAUCAAGAAGCUGCAGCAGGACCUGGAACAGAACUUCUACUCUGGAGGGUUCAUCUGGGACGAGGUCAGUCCUAACGAUGUUGCUGCCCUGUUAAAGAAGUUUAUCAGAGAACUACCAUCUCCACUUCUCACCGCGGAGCACCUCAACACCUUCAGUGCUACCAGGGACAUCCCUGAGCUGAAACAGAAGCUACACGUUCUGAACCUCCUCAUCCUCCUACUGCCUGAACCCAACAGAAACACACUCAAGGCUCUGUUGGAGUUUCUUUCCAAGGUAGUCUCCAGAGAGAGGAGGAACCGUAUGAACCUGUGGGCCGUGUCCACCAUCAUGGCCCCCAACCUGUUCCUGUUCCUCCACAAGGCCGUACCCACCCGCCUCACUGACGGGGGGCCAGGGGAGGAGAAAGGACAUGCUGAGAAGGCCCCCAACCUGUUCCUCCACAAGGCCGCACCCUCUCGCCUCACUGACGGGGGGCCAGGGGAAGAGAAAGGACAUGCUGAGAAGGCUGCUGACAUCAUGAGGCUACUCAUACGCUACCAGGACCUGCUCUGGACCAUCCCUAACUUCCUGAUGAGCCAGGUGCGUAAGCUGAAUGAGAACAGUAACCGAAGGUACCAGUUCUACGAUCGCCGCAUCAAGAACCUGCUGAGGAAAAUUCACCAGGACCGCAAGGAUAAACCUGACAAGAACUCCUCCGAGCCAUGUCGUACAGUAAAGAUCCAGGUGGGAGAACUGAUGAGCAGCACCAUGGAGGUCAAGGUCAACAUAAACUCUAGAGCAUCAGACCUACUGGCUCAGUUCCACAGGCACCUCCACAGCUCUGACAACACCAAGGGCCUGCUCAAGAGGAACAGUUUGGUGAAUGAUUUGGGAUCAUACCUGGACUGUGCCAUGUAUGAAGUGGGAGGAAAUAUUGGUGAGCACUGCUUGGACCCAGAGACCCAUCUCCUGGACCUGUACAACAACAACCCCAGUGGAGAGUGGGUCAUCAAACACAAACCGCUGACCACCAGUAAGGGACUGCAGAUAUAAGACAGUCGCAGGAGGAGGGAGAGACCAGCAGGGGGCUCCAAGAGCCAGCCAGAGGAGGAGGGAGAGACCAGCAGGGGGCUCCAAGAGCCAGCCAGAGGAGGAGGGAGACCAGGUGGAGUAGAGGAGAAGAGGAUGCUGCCACCACAAACCACCUCAAGGCUGAGCCCUCUCUCUGCCCAUUGCGGAGGAGACCAGACUAGGAGAAGUAAAGCAGCUACUGUGGAAAAACACCCCACCUCCAGACUUCAGGUGGAGGAGUGGCUGAGCUUGUGUCUCAGUCUGCUUCCUGGCUUGUCAGCUAAGCUCUCAGGCUCUCAGCCAAUCACUUCCCAGCAUCCGCAGAAGCCCAGAUGGGAAUCUGAUGCAGCUGCCUCCGAGUCUCUCUUUCUUUCUCUCCCACUCUCUCUCCAUUCCUUCUACUCAUGCCAUUUGAUCACAAAGUAAUAAGAGAGGCACAUGCACAGUAUAUCUCUUUUCCUUGUUUGUCUAUUUCUUUAAUGUCACACAGAGGGAAAGUCAGGUACUCUGAUGAACUGAUGUAAGGGACAGGGACUCUUAGGUCCCUGUCCCUGAUGGCUCUUGGCCUCUGAUGGCUCUAUAAGAGGCCCUAAACACAGGGGACAGAGGGCAUAGUUCUCUCUAAGGGAUCAAAGGUCAAUCUCUAAGACAUGAUUACAGUACCCCUAAAGGGAACUGUUGUUUAAGACAGUGAAGCUGGACUUCAACCUUUCUGUUUGUUUUUUUUUUGUUUUUGAAGGAUUUUAUGAAGUAUUGAAUAUCACGAUGGAUUGACUAUUUAUAAUUGAUUGGAUGUAUCUGUAUGUAUAUGUAUGUAGUCAUUAAUGUUCUCCUUGGAAAUGGUUGAAAAGGUGUUUCUGAUCGUAACAUAACAGUCAUGUAAGCUCACCCACUCUUUUCGGGGACUCUUUUCAGACAGUCUUCUUAUUCUUGUAAAUGUUUUGAUCAGUUGUACUUUGCUGCGGUUCUGCAUAUUUAUUCUCUCAUCCUAUUACCCAUGUGUCAUCACUUCUUCAGAGUACACUUUUAUAUGAAAUCUAUGAAUAGUGUUUACACGUUUUGAGGAAGCUUGGACAUUGCACCAUCACAUCAAUAUAAAGUAUACACAUGUUCUAUAUGACAGCCUAUCAUGAAUUUACACAUCUACAACAUAUCAUGAAUUUACACAUCUACAACCUACCAUGAAUUUAUACAUCUACAACCUAUCAUGAAUUUACACAUCUACAACCUACCAUGAAUUUAUACAUCUACAACCUACCAUGAAUUCAUACAUCUACAAACUAUCCUGAAUUUACACAUCUACAACCUACUAUGAAUUUACACAUCUACAACCUACCAUGAAUUUACAUAUCUACAACCUACCAUGAAUUUACACAUCUACAACCUACCAUGAAUUUAUACAUCUACAAACUAUCCUGAAUUUACACAUCUACAACCUACUAUGAAUUUACACAUCUACAAUCUACCAUGAAUUUACACAUCUACAACCUACCAUGAAUGUAUGUUUAGCUACCAGUCUCCUCAGAAAUGACAACAAGAAUGUAACAAACUGCAUAGAUCUCAUCUCAGUCACAGCAGUCAUUGGUUCAGUCAUUGGUUCAGUCAUUGCUCAGUACAGAGUCAGAGCCACAGCCUUCUGUUCUAUUGUGCUGCCAUUUUAGGAGAGAGAACCGAGCAGCAGUGUAAUGACAGCCAGCAUCUAUCACACGGUGUAAUUCCCUGUCUGUCACACGACCUACUGAUGCAUCGUCACGGUGUAUUGGUUCAUGCAGUGGUUCAUGCAGUGGUUCAUGCAUUGGUUCAUGCAGUGGUUCAUGUAUUGGUUCAUGCAUUGGUUCAUGCAGUGGUUCAUGUAUUGGUUCAUGCAGUGGUUCAUGUAUUGGUUCAUGUAUUGGUUCAUGCAGUGGUUCAUGCAUUGGUUCAUGCAUUGGUUCAUGCAGUGGUUCAUGCAUUGGUUCAUGCAGUGGUUCAUGCAGUGGUUCAUGCAUUGGUUCAUGCAGUGGUUCAUGUAUUGGUUCAUGCAUUGGUUCAUGCAGUGGUUCAUGUAUUGGUUCAUGCAGUGGUUCAUGUAUUGGUUCAUGUAUUGGUUCAUGCAGUGGUUCAUGCAUUGGUUCAUGCAUUGGUUCAUGCAUUCCAUGAACAUUACCACAGAGGAGUCAGUUCUUCUGGUUGAUAGAGAGGGUAAUAUCUGGGUGUUAUUACGGAUGUUAUUAUCUCUGUGUGUGUGUGUGUGUGUGUGUGUGUGUGUGUGUGUGUGUGUGUGUGUGUGUGUGUGUGUGUGUGCGUGCGUGCGUGCGCACGUGCAUGUGUGUGUGUGUGUGCGUGUGUGUGUGUGUGCUUGCUUCAUUACACAAGCCCAAUUGGGUUGAGUCCUGAGUCCAUGGCACAGUUCAGUACCCCGGUACAAAGCACUGAUGGAACACACACACACACACACGGCCUUCUGCUGACGUUAAUCAGUGGAACUAGGUCACCUCUAAAGCUCUGUUCUCCCUCAGGGAAGUAGUGA